GCAGUGAUCGUCUGACAAAAAAAAGAAAAACACCAUUCUGUUUGCAUGCGUUGACUGAAAUUGGAAGAGAUGAGGGUUGUGUUUUUCAAAACUGUCCUCCUGUUACUGUGGAUUCUGAGGGUAAAUGGAUGGAUGCAUUCUAAAUGCAACAUUUAUGACUACGUUGAUGACAUGCCAGACAGAGAUUGCUUACAAGGCUAUUCAAAAGGUCUCAUAGCUUCCUGUAAAUAUGUCACAGACAUCGAAGAAGAUCUACAUGGACUCCCUCAAAACAUCAAUAAUCUCUGCAUAUCCAUGACUAUGGAUGAAAAUGGUAUCAUGUCUCUAGAUUUUUUCUCUCAGUUUCACGACCUGGAAUACUUGGAUAUUAAUGGCUGUUUUUCACAAAUCCUUCCAACUGGAAAUAGCCAGGCUCUUUCAAAUCUGGAAUAUAUGAGGUUACAAGCACUGUGGGUGACUGGGUGCUGUGAUUGUAAUGUUGGGUCUAACACAUUCAGAUAUCUAGUGAAGCUAAGUAAUUUGACCAUAUCCAAAUUUAGGUUAUCAUCAAUGGCACCAGAUGUGUUUAAUGGCAUACCUAAUUUACGAAAUGUCUCCAUUGGUAACUCCUGUGUAAAAGAUUUGUCAGAGAUACUAUGCAGAUUAAUGUAUAUAAAGUCACUUACUGAUUUAGUCAUAGAGGCACAGGAAAUACAGACAUUAAAUCAAUCAAAUUGCCCAAUCUUAAACACAAAUGAGAGCAUGACACCUGUUUUUAACAACCUAACAGGGUGUUCUUUAAUAUUUGGUGAAAUAACACAUAUAGAGGAAGGUGCUCUGGAUUGUUUUAAGAACCUGGAAAAAUUCAGUUCUUACCUAAACGAGGAACUGCUACUACAACUGCCCCUGUCUGGAAUAAAGCAAAUUCAUUUGUUGAGAUACUUUGGUAGUGAACACAUUGAUUUUAGAAGCAUCUGUAAUCUAGUGUUUUUGCUUUCAAUCAAAAAAUUAGAAUUUAAUACAAACUAUCCAAUCAGCUUUUCAAUGUACCAUGUUGACUUGUGCGUAGGACUGGAAUCUAUUGUUCUUACUAGAACUCUUCAUUUCUAUACAUCCAUCUCCCAAAUUAAAUGGAAUUUUAUUUCCACUCUUAAGAACGUUACAUACUUAUCUGUAUAUGACCGCACAGAAAACAGUCUUGAUUUGUGCUCCUUCCAAAAACAACCAAUCACAUGGUUAAAUAAACUUGUUUUAUAUUUGAACAUACAAUUUUUUUUUUCAAAUCAAUUUAGUUGUCUUGUAAACCUGUUAUACCUUAAAUAUAAAAGUAAAUUAUCAAAUAUUGAAGACUUUGCUUUCCUGGGCUUGAGACUUCUGGAGUACUUAGACCUGUCAAAUAAUAACAUUACACACAUCCAUGCAAAUACAUUUUAUGGUUUAUAUAGUUUGAUUUGGUUGGAUCUCAGGGAAAAUCCACUUAUUCACAAUACUGAGGCACUGUCUUUCACACAUCUUACAUCUUUAAGAGAAGUGUUUCUUGGGAAAUUGAACAGUCCACUAAGAGAACCUGUGAUAAAGCUAAAUCUAACACUGAUAUUUGGUGACAUUUUGAGUCAACUGACUCAGCUGUAUAUUACUUCAAGUAUGAGGCCAAUGUAUUUGAUUAUUGGCAUGGAUCUUAUACAACAACCUUCUGCUGACAUCAUUUUCCACAACCUGACAAAGUUGGAGGUUCUGAAACUUUUAGACUGCAAGAUUUAUUCUAUGGAGGGUAGUUUAACUAAAGAUUUAAAAUCUUUAAAAAGAUUGCAUUUACACAUUGAGAACAUAUAUAAUGUAUUCUACAGCUUUACUGAAUCUCUUUCUGGUCUUAAGUAUUUGCUAUUUAAUGAGUUACAUUUGUUUUGCAGUUGUGACAAUGCUUGGCUUAUUGCAUGGGCAAAGAGGAACAGGCAGGUUGAAGUGAUCUUGACUUCUUUUAGACACAUUAUGUGGGACAACUUGACAUGCUUGUCAGACAAUGGAAUAGACACACCUAACUUUGUCAAGUACACAGAAGCCAACUGCACAACAGAGAUAGACUUUAUUCUCUUUACUGUGACUGGCCUGGGAGUCCUGUUCUUCAUGCUGGUGGUGUUUCUCCAUAACCUGUCUGGCCACUACCUUCUUCCCCUCUACCACAUCACUCUUGGCUGGCUGUCAGAGGCCAUGAGAUCCAACACCAGGGGGCGCUACGACUACGACACCUUUGUCUCCUACAGCGGGAAGGACGAGCUCUGGGUGGUGGAGGAGCUGCUGCCCAACCUGGAGCAGAGGGGUCCCCCUUUCCUGAACCUCUGUCUGCACAGCAGGGACUUCCAGCUGGGGAAGGACAUUGUGGAGAACAUCACAGACAGCCUCUACCGGAGCCGCCACACCCUCUGUCUGGUCAGCCGCCACUACCUUCACAGUAACUGGUGCUCCCUGGAGAUGAAGCUGGCCACCGCCAGACUGCAGGUGGAGCAAAGAGACAUCCUCCUCCUGGUCUUCCUGGAGAAGAUCCCCCCUCGCUGGCUCUCAGCCCACCACAGACUGGCUCGUCUGGUGAAGACCAGGACCUAUCUGGACUGGCCUCAGGACCCCCAUCAGCACCAGGCAUUCUGGGACAGACUGUGGGAGAAACUGAAACCUCCCACUGAGGCUUGA